AUGUAUUUUAAUUUAUCAUUUAUUAUUAUUUUAACAUUUUUUAAUAAUUUUUAUUACGUAUCCGGCGAUCAUAAAAAAGAUCCGCCAUGUUUUUUUAAUCCAUUAUGUUAUUGCUCUAAAGCAUAUCCGGAUUUAGGAAGAGUUACGUGUAAAGACAUACCUUUGUUAAACAUUCCGAGACGUAUAAACACGUCGAAAGCUUUUAUGUUACAUUUAGAAAAUAACGGUUUACAUUUUAUCGAACCUUAUUUUCUAAGUAGAACCGGUCUUUUUAAAAUUGAAAUAAUACGUAAUUCUUUGAAAGAAAUCGACGAAGAUAGUUUCAUUGGUUUGGAAAGAUCACUUUGGGAAUUGAAUUUACAAAGUAACGAAUUGAAAAAAGUACCCAUUCAUUCAAUUUGCCAUCUUCAAAAAUUAAAAGUUUUGGAUUUAUCAGAUAAUCAAAUAACGAGUUUAAGUUCAGACGAUUGGAUCGGUUUGGAAAAUUCUCUAAGAAAUUUAAUAUUGAAAAAAAAUAAAAUAACAAAUAUAAGACCGAAAACUUUUACACAUUUAAGACAAUUAGAAUAUUUAGAUUUAAGUAAUAAUAUAUUAAUGGAAUUGGACACGUUUGCAUUUAAAGGAGGAACAACAGGGACCACCACCACCACCCUUCGUUUAUCCGAAUUAAAUCUUUCGGAUAAUCUCUUAUCGGAAAUACCAUUGAAUCAAAUAUCCGAAUUGGGGGAUUUAAGACAUUUUGACGUGUCUUUCAAUCGGAUUACGGAAGUUAGAGAUUUCACGCAGGAUAGAAACAAAGGAAAAUCCGUUAAUUUAUUAUUAGAUUGUUUAAGAUUGGAUUACAAUCAAAUACAAUAUUUACCAACGGAAUCAUUUAAACAUUUUCCCGUUAUAAAUCGUACAUAUUUAAAUGGGAAUCCGAUUGUUUAUAUCGAGAAAGGUGCUUUCGAACAAACAAAAAUACGAGAACUUUAUUUAGAAGAUUGCGAAUUGUCUGAUAUAAAAUCGGAUUCAUUUUCCGGUUUAGAAUCAAAUUUGGAAAUAUUAAACAUAGAAGGAAACAACAUAACGGAAAUACCGAAAAAUUUUUUAAAGGAAUUUAAAUUAUUAAAAAGUUUUAAUAUAAAAAAUAAUAAUUUUUUAUUUCAAUUUAUAUUUGAUCAUGUUUUCGAUUCGUAUAAAAAUUCGUUGGAAAAUCUUAUUAUAAAUGGAGAAAUACAAGAAUCCGAUGAUGAUGAUGAUGAUGAUGAUGACGAUUUUGAAAACGAUGAUAGAAGAUUGAAUAAUAUUCGAUCGUUGACAAUUUAUAAAUAUCCUCAUACGUAUUUACCAAUAAACGAUAAGAAAAAAAGAUUUUUUAAUCAGUUGGAAGAACUUAAAAUAUCCUACAGCAAUGUUAAAAAUAUAAAAAAUCACGUUUUCAAAUAUGUUAGAGGAUUAAGAAGGUUGGAUUUAUCUGAAAAUUCAAUUUCGACAAUAGAAAGCGAAGCUUUUUCCGAGGUUCUUCACAGUCUCGAAUAUUUAUCAUUGGCUAACGGUUUAUCGUCAUCCGUGACGCAACUUCCGGAAAAUAUAUUCAAACAAUUGACGUCUUUGGAAUUUUUAGAUUUAUCAAAUAACGGUUUUAAAAAUAUACCUCAAAAAUUAUUUUUUCAUUUGAAACGAUUAAAAAUCAUUUUCCUCCAGGAUAAUUUUAUCGAAUUUAUUUCUCCAAGAACUUUCCAGGAAAACAUGCAUUUAGAAUUGAACACGAUUCAAUUAUCGUUCAAUCAAUUGUCUCGAAUCGAAAGUAAAACAUUUUCCGGUUUGAAAAAUCUGGAAAAUUUAUGGUUAAACGAUAAUCGUAUAAAAACAAUUGAAAAAAAAUCAUUCGUUAAUUUAUAUAAACUUAGAAAUUUAUACCUACGUGGAAAUCAAAUAUCAUCUUUAGACGACGAGAUUUUUCAAGAUUUACCAGAAUUGGAAAAAUUAGAUUUAGCUUAUAAUAAAAUAAAAUUAUUUAAUUACGGUUGUUUAGAACAAGUUGGCACCCUGUCGUCGUUCACAUUAAACGUAUCAUUCAACAAUAUAGAACAAUUAACGGCAAACGCGUCUGUUUUUGAUAAUCAUAAUUUUACACCGGAACACGUUAAUAUAAAGGCGUUGGAUUUGUCGCACAAUAACCUAUCUUAUUUAAAACCGAAAGAUUUAAAACCUGUCGAACAAUCUUUAACUCAUCUUUAUUUAUCAUAUAAUAAAUUAAUUAACAUAACGAAAGAUACUUUUGGCGACAUGUUGUAUUUGCAAUGGAUCGACAUUUCUCACAAUCGAUUAAAAUACAUCGAACAGGAUACGUUUGCUAAUACCAAAAGCAUUCAGGUUUUUUAUUUUUCAAAUAAUUUAUUAAACGAAUUACCGGCGUUAUUGUUCGACGGUUUUCACCGUUUGAGAAUAGUAGAUUUAUCGAAUAAUAAACUCGACGUCGUACCUGAAAAUUUAUUCAACGACGGACCGUUGGAAAGAUUAGAUUUGUCGAAUAAUAAUUUAACGAUAAUACCGUUGGAUAGUUUCAACGAAAAUUCUGGAAAAACGCUUUCCGAAUUAAAUUUAUAUUCGAAUAAAAUAAAAAAUCUGCCCAAACCGGAAGCGUUUGCGAAAUUUAAGAAUUUAUAUUUGUUGAAUUUGGGUAAAAAUCACAUUUCGAAAAUUGAAAAUGGAGAAUUUUCAUUUUUAAAAAGAUUAUGCGUGUUGGAUCUGAGUCAUAAUGUCAACAUAACUCUUGAUUCAAAGGAUCAACCCUUUUACGGAUUAGAUGACACUUUGGAAAGUCUUUUUUUAAAAAAUCUAUCUUUAAACACGGUUCCAGCCCUUCAUUUAUCAUCUUUAGAAAAUUUAGAUUUGUCGGAAAAUAAAAUUUUUACAAUACCAUACGAAUUCCCACAUAAUUUAACAAAUCUAAGAAGGUUGGAAUUAGGUUCGAACGAAAUAAUGACCGUACCUCCAGCAAUAAAUGCAUUCACACAACUCGAAUAUUUGGGAAUUUCUGGAAAUCCACUGGAAUCGAUUAAUUUUCAACAAAGUCAAACGAUAAGAGAAAUCGAUUUGAGAAAUGCUCCGCUCGAUGCUUUUCAGAAAGGAACAUUGGGUAAAAUAACAUUUUUGGAAAAUUUAAAAUUAACAAUUAACGGAACUCAAGAUGAUUUAAACGUUUUUAAUAUGAUUAAAGAAAAUCACGGUUUAAAUAAUCUUUACGUUGAAAUAUUGGAAAAUUCUAAAUUUUCCAUAAAUGACGAUUCCGCGACCGAAUGGUUUCCAUAUAAAUUAAGAAAUUUAACACUCGUAGGUCGGGGUCUUAAAACGGUCCCCCAUAAUUUAUUACAGGGAGUAAGAAGUCCAAUUUUUAAUUUAGUAAUUUUUAAUACGUCGAUCGAAGAAAUAUCUAAAAAUGUUUUUUUUAACGGUAAACAAAUAAGAAAUUUAUCACUGGAUGUGAGGUCGAAUAAACUGGAAACUUUAUUUAAUCCGAAUACUGGAGACGAACCAAACGUUCCAAAAAAAAUUUUUUUAACGGAUUUAAAAAUAAAUGAUAAUAAUUGGAUGUGCGAAUGCGCAAUCGGGUGA